UAUCUCUAUACGUUCCCCAUUCCAUCUACUUUUCUCUUCUUUCUCAUCACAUAUCAUCCACCCUUCCCUCGAUUCUCUUUCGCUUAUCGCAUAACUCUACAACAUGGCUUUGAAACGUAUCAACAAAGAACUCAUCGAUCUAGGACGUGACCCCCCUUCGUCCUGCUCGGCCGGCCCGAUCGGUGAUAAUCUUUUUCAAUGGCAAGCGACUAUCAUGGGACCUGCUGAUUCGCCUUAUUCCGGUGGUGUCUUCUUCUUAUCUUUGACCUUCCCGACUGACUACCCCUUUAAACCUCCCAAAGUGUCCUUCACGACCAAGAUCUACCAUCCUAAUAUCAACGCCAACGGUUCUAUCUGUCUUGAUAUACUGCGAGACCAAUGGUCACCUGCGUUGACUAUUUCAAAGGUCCUUUUGUCGAUCUGCUCGAUGCUCACAGAUCCAAACCCUGACGACCCGCUUGUUCCCGACAUUGCUCGUCUGUACAAGACGGACCGGCAGAGAUACGAAGCAACGGCGCGUGAAUGGACGAGGAAAUACGCCACGUAGUCGGAUGGGGAAGAGUCUCGAUGGUGAAACGCAUGACAUGCAUGACGCUGCUAGCUGUAUCCUAGAUUGGUAGUAUGAAAUGAUGAGUUGCAUGUCCAGUGGCCUGC